AUGCAUGCAGUAGACACAUCAGAUGAGGAAUUCUUUAUUGGUUCAGUGAAUGUGAAUGGUGAUAAUCAUGAUGUAGAAUGGUAUGAAACAGUGAAGGUGAAGGACACUUAUAUUCACUUUCAACUUGACACCGGAGCAAAGUGUAAUGUUUUGUCAUCAGCUGAUCUCAAGAAAAUAGACAAAAACUGGAAAGUUACACCAACCUGUUCACCGCUGAAGUCGUUCUCUGGACAUAACAUUCGUUGUGCUGGACUCGUUCAGCGAAUACACAGCAUUGAGAGGAAAAACCGUACUGUACCACAUGGCAUUUCCCAGGAUUAUCAGGACUUAUUCAGUGGACUUGGAUGCUUACCAGGCACAUACUCAAUCAAGGUGGAUGAAAAUAUUCAGCCAGUGAUACAUCCUCCACGCAAGAUUCCCAUAGCCUUGAGAGAUAAGGUCAAGGAAGAGCUCGACAGAAUGGAGCGUGAAGGAGUGAUUGUGAAGCAACGCGAGCCGACGAAAUGGAUCAACUCCAUGACCAAACUAGAUGACGAGAGUUCGAAACUCUGCACAUUUAAUUCUCCGUUUGGACGUUAUCGAUUCACUCGAAUGCCCUUCGGAAUCAAGUCCGCACCUGAAGUGUUUCAACGUGCCAUAUCCGAGAUGAUUCAGGAUCUUGAUGGGACAGAGGCGAUUAUUGAUGAUAUCAUAGUAUGGGGAACCACAGAAGCUGAACAUGACAGACGUUUGAAGGCCUUACUCGAUCGAGCAAGACAACAUAACUUGAAGCUCAGCGUGGACAAAAGCGAGAUCAGACGCUCAGAGCUGACGUACGUGGGACACAGAUUUACUGACUCGGGUCUGAAAACAGAUCCCGAAAAAGUCCGUGCUGUACAGGAAAUGGACCGUCCCAAUAAUGUGAAGGACUUACAAACAUUUAUGGGCUUUGUUCAAUACUUAGGGAAGUUUAUGCCCAAUCUAUCAGAAGUUGGCAGUCCAUUACGACAAUUACUGGAGAAAAACUCUGUAUGGAAAUGGGAAAAUGAACAGGAAGAAAGCUACGAGAAACUGAAACGCAUGACUACUAGUGCACCGAUCCUUCAGUACUUUGAUCCAAAUAAGCCAGUGAUGUUGUCCGUAGAUGCCAGUUCUAAUGGACUAGGUGCAGUGUUGAUUCAGGAAGAUAAGCCAGUUGCGUACGGAUCACGCGCACUGACAGAAACACAACAACGAUAUUCACAGAUUGAGAAAGAAACUCUAGCUAUUCUCUAUGGAUGUACAAAAUUCCAUGAUUAUGUAUAUGGUCACAGUGUACUUGUUGAAUCGGACCAUAAGCCUUUGGAAAGUAUCCUCAAGAAACCUGUUCUAUCUUCACCUCCAAGACUACAAAGAUCCGUGUUAGCGCUAGAAAGGUAUGACAUUCAAGUCAUUUACAAACCUGGAAAGAAAAUGUUCUUGGCUGAUCAUUUGAGUCGUUCCUAUCUGAAAGAGACUAAGGAAGCCCUAGUACCAGAUCUACAGGUGAAUGAGAUGCAUCUUACUUCAUACUUACCUGUGUCACAGGAAGUACAGGACAGGAUCCGGAAGGAAACAGGUCAAGAUGAUGAGUUACAGCAACUCUUAAACACAAUCUUGGAUGGAUGGCCAAACAACAAAGCAGACCUUGCACCGGAAAUUAGAGCCUACUGGAAUUUCCGUGAUGAACUUUCAUGUAUUGAUGGUAUUCUCUACAAGUCACACAAACUGGUUGUCCCAAAGUCGAUGCAGAAUGAAAUGCUGGAGAAGCUACAUAUUGGACACCAAGGAAUUGUGAAGACUAAAAACCGAGCGAGAGACAUUCUCUUUUGGAACGGUAUGGGAAGAGACAUAGAGAACCUCGUGAGCGCAUGUGCAACUUGUGCCAAAUAUCAGGUUGCUAAUCCUAAGGAACCAAUGAUCCCAAGCGAACUUCCAUCAAGACCGUGGUCAAAGAUUGGAAUGGAUCUGUUUGAACUUAGUGGAAACCAUUACUUACUGGUAGUUUAUCAAAGUGGCCGGAAUGCCAAACUGGAGUUGCUUACCUCUAAGUGCGUGAUCACUCAUUUGAAAAGCAUGAUUUCCAAAUAUGGAAUUCCGGAUAUCAUGAUUAGUGAUAAUGGACCACAGUUCAGUAGUUAUGAAUUCAAGGAGUUUGUGAAAUCGUAUUACAUCACACAUACCACGACCAGUCCGUACCAUGCUCAGAGUAAUGGACAGACCGAGCGAAUGGUUCAGACCAUGAAACGUCUUAUUACCAAAUCUCAAGAUCCAUACUUAGCUCUUUUGGAGUAUCGGAACACCAAGAUUGACGGUAUUGAUAUGUCACCAGCUCAGCUAUUUCUAGGACACAGACUGAAGUCUAUCUUACCUACAGCCGUACCUCUACUGAAAUCUUGGGUAGAUGGCAACGCAUUGGUCAAGAUGAAACGUCGACAGAAAAAACAGGAAGAGAACUUCAACAGACAUGCUAAGAAGGAACCACUUAAACCUCUCAAGGCAGGAGACUCCGUCAUCGAGAGCAAAGGACGAUGCUACAGACGUAACCGCAAAUUCCUGAGACCUACUCGUGUCCGAAAUAACUCCAGAGAUGAUGUCCCUGCGUAUACCGAUGUCACAUUGCGUACCAAGACCAAUCAGAGCACCAAUGAUACAUCAGCAGCUUCAGAUGUGCAACCAAAUACCGUUACUGAGACAGCUAGAUCUGACGUCGAACCACCAGCCGAAAACCCUGCGCAUUUUACCCGUAGUGGCCGCUGUGUGAAACUCCCUGCGCGAUACCGAGAAUGA